UAGGUGGCGGCCAAGUAUUUUUACGCUGCUUGAGAACGUCGGCAGAACUGACGUGGCUCUUUACAAGUAUUGGGAUUCUGCAGUAGGAACAAGAAACUCAACAAAAUGGAGCUGGAGGCCAUGACGAGAUACACCAGUCCGGUGAACCCGGCAGUCUUCCCCCACCUCACUGUGGUCCUACUGGCUAUCGGCAUGUUCUUCACUGCGUGGUUCUUUGUCUACGAGGUAACGUCCACUAAAUACACCAGAGACGUGUUCAAAGAGCUGCUCAUCUCCCUAGUGGCGUCUCUCUUCAUGGGCUUCGGAGUGCUGUUUCUGUUACUGUGGGUCGGCAUCUAUGUCUGACAGAUUGUUAUAUUGCUAAAUGAUACAGAAGAACAUUCCAGUGGAACAGAAGGACAUCAUGAAGUGGGCUCCACCACAGGAGAUGGACUGGACUGACAAGAGGGUGGGGAUUGGGGUUGCCUUUCACUAAAUAAAGAGACAUUUGUACAAAACUGCGU